AUGUCACCAAAUGUAAUUGGUAUUGAAUCUUCAGAAGAUUUGAUUUAUACACCAAAAUUUAAAGGAUUCAAAUAUAUUAAUGAUUAUCUGUCAAAAAAUCGAUUACGUCAAUAUCAUGAAGAUUAUAUUUUUGUAUUUUCAGAAUAUAAUCUAAAUGCAGUACAAUUAUUUAAAGAAAAAUAUUCUUUUUUGUUAAAAGAAUAUGAAUUAUUCAAGGAACUUUUAGAAAUAAAUUCUUUAAAACACGUGAAAGAUUUAUUCAUUUUAGCAAAACAUUUGAAUAAUAAAUAUGUUUUACCAUCUAUUAAAGAAGAAUCUGUAGGAAAAACAACUGUUGGAUCUGCUUUAGCAAAUAGUUUAAAGUAUCGAUUUAUCGAUUCUGGAAUAUUUUAUCAAUAUUUGGGAUAUUUAUCUUAUCAAUAUUCGGACAACACAGAAAAUAAUUCAAAGACAAUUGAAAUCUUUAAAAAGAAUAUGAAACAAGAUAAAUUUUUCGAUUCAAUAACUGAAUUAAUCAAUUCUCUUGGUAAUGAAGAUUAUUAUUUGAGCGGGGAGGAAGGCGCAAAAAUAUCAAAAAAUCAAGAAGCUCAUCAUAUUAUUAAUCAAUACAUAUAUCAAAUUACAAAAGAAAAAGAAUUUAUAGUUGUUGGAAGAGAUACGACUUUUAACAUUUUACCUGACGCUGAGGUUAAAAUUGUUUUAUCUGCCGAUAUUGAUAUUAGAGUUCAACGUCAUUCACUUCAAAUUAAUUUAACAGAUAUUAAAAAUAUUUUCGCAAAUGUUCUUUAUCAUUAUGAAGAUAUUAUUGAAUUGAAAAAUUGGGAAUUAAAUAAUGCUAUUAAUAAUGAUGCUUUUGCUGAAGCAUUUCCUAAUAUUGGUGAACGCAUAAAAUUUAUAGAAGAUUUAUUACUUUAUUAUGAAGCAAGAAAAACUAUAUUCAUGUUGGUUGAUAGAAAAUUACCAAAAGAUAGAGAUUAUGAGUUCUUUGAAGAAAUUAUUGAAUGGAAAGAUACUGUUUUUUCAG